AUGGUUCCAAGGCAUCAAGAGCCUCAAUUGGUAAAAUUAUUAAUGAAUAAGCUUCGCGGACUCGCGUUUCUCGCCGUAGAAGACUGUCAGAUAAUAAAUUUAAACGAUUUUGGGAACAAAUUGAAAGAUAUGUUCGGCCCGGGAAAAACCGUUAACGAAUAUAGAGGAGAAUUGGGAACAGUAUUUCAACGACCAGGAGAAGAUAUAUUAGAUUAUAUGGACCGCGUCAGAAAUCACAGGCUGGCAAUAAUGGACGGGGAAAGGUGCGAGUAUGGUACCAUAUCGCAAGAUAUUCAAAAAACGAUAGAUUGGGGUACAAGGGGAACUCCCAAACGAAAUGUAUUUGCAGGAUUGCAAGGAGGAGAACUAUCCGACUAUCUGGACGACAUAGUGAUUAAUUCAGGAUCUCUUCAUAAACAGGAAAGUAAAUUUAACGAGUUAAUGGAAAGAUUAAGACAGGUCAGGGUACGAUUACAGCCUGAUCCAAAGAUGAUCGGAGCAGUAUCAAAAUUUCCACGACGAAAGAAAAACAUCAAACAAUUUUUGGGACUUGCAGGAUACUAUAGAAGAUUUGUACCAAAUUUCUUCAAAAUCGCAAAAACGUUAACGCAAUUAUUGAAGAAACACAUCACCUUUAAAUGGUUGCAAAAUCAAGAAAAUGCGUUCAACAAUUUAAAAACAGCAUUAAUGACAAAACCUAUUCUACUGUAG